AUGUUGGGCGCAUCGUGCUACCACCUUCUGCAGAUCCCCCCCACCUCACCCCCGACCAGCACCGCCAGGGAGGGGGUUGCACAAAAGAGGGGUGGCCGUGGUCCCAGGACCGGGACCAGCGGCAGAGGUGGGGACAUGCACGGCGCGGUGUUCCGGAGCGAGGCGGGCGAAGAGCUCGUGAGCGGUUGUCGCUGCUGGGGAAGGCACUGGCGGAGCGAGGCGUCGCCACCACCCUCUUCUCAGCCCGAGCAGCCUUGUCCAGGGCUCACUGGCUGCUGCAGCGACAUGCGGAGCUCCAGGCUCAAGUUCAGCUUUCUUGGUACAUGUGUCUUGUUUAACACAUCUUGGAAUGGAGAGUAUCAUCAUGAGGCAAUUAGUGCUGCAGAAACAGUCAUCCUUCCCUCUCGGAUUAACUGUUCAACAGGUUUAGGUGGAAAUAUCCUCAUUGUGUUCACAAUAAUAAGAUACCUCACUCUCGUCCAGCCAUUUUGCCUAACCAACCCGAGAACAAAAUCAAAGACAAUUCAAGUCAGUUUAUGUCUGUGUGUAUCAUCACGUAUUCUGAUGCUCCCUGCACGGGUGUGCUCAAAAAUAAUGAAGUUCAAAGACAGUUUGGAGAGUUGUGCUUUUGAUCUAACCUUACCUGAUGAUUGUGGUCUCUUUGUGGUAAGUGCUGCCCCACUCCACUUGAUACAGCUCGUGAGCAUUCAGGUUUCUCAGCUGAUGCUCACCUUCUGCAUGAGCUACUGGGUCUCCAUCUGCCUCAGCUACACCAGCAGCAGCAUUAAUCCAUUGCUCUACACCCUGCUUAGCAGGAACUUCUGGAAGCGUCUCUGAUGGUGCACAAACGUGGAAGUCAGCAUGACAGAACAGGAAAUUAACUACAUCAAAAACACUCUGAAGUCAAGCUUUUGA